GGAACCGGAAACACUGCGGAGAUGGCGAAGUGCAGAAUGAAUUAUGUGAGAAUCAGUCCAUGUAGCUGUUACAGCUCUCAAUUUUUAUAUUUUUGUCUCUGUUUAGCUUGAUUUUUCUCUACUUGUUCAUUUUUGCCUGUUAAGGGCAGGAUGAGUGCUGAGGCGGCUGACCGGGUGGCUGCUGUGACCAGCAGUCGGCCCAGCACGCCUCUUCAGACUUCCUGGUUUGAGUUCCUUCUGGAUGGCAGCCUGCUGGAGAAACACCUACAGAAGUCAAACCCAGACCCAACACCAGUGCAGCUGAUCGUCCAGUUCCUGGAGCAGGCAUCCAAGCCUUCAGUGAAUGAGCAGAACCAGGUGCAGCCUCCAGCAGACAACCGCAGGAACCGAACCCUGAAGCUGCUGGCUCUGAAGGUCGCUGCGCACAUGAAGUGGGAUCUGGAUGCUCUUGAAAAAGGCCUGACCAUUCCAGUUUUAAAUAUGUUACUGAACGAGCUCUUGUGUGUGAGCAAAGUUCCUCCAGGGGUUAAACACGUCGACCUAGACCUGUCAACUCUGCCUCCUACUACAGCCAUGGCUGUCGUCAUCUACAACCGCUGGGCCAUCAGAACCAUCGUGCUGAGCAGCUUCCCAGAGAAACAGACCAAACCAGGACCUCACCAGAUGAACAUGUUAAAUAUUGUGCAGCAGGAGAAAGAGAUGACUGACAACAUCCUUACUGUGCUGAAAGAGCAGGCGAAUGACUCCAUCAGUGUUCUUGAAGGAGCUGUACAGUUGAAGAAAGACUUCUACGUUCACACUCUGAGGACUCUGGACCUGCUGGCUGCUGAUGCUGCCGCCAAUGGAGAGACCGAGUCCUCGACUGCAGGGCUUCGAAUCAGCGCAGAUGAGCUGCACUGCCAGGUGCAUUACGACCUGGGAGGCAUUUUCUUCCAACAAGGCUGCACAGACCAGCCGGCCUAUCAGAAAGCCCGAGAUCACUUCAGACAGACAAAGGAGCUGCUGAAGAAGCUGGACUCGACCGUUCACGUCCACCUGGAUGAAAAACGUCUGGCAGGGUACUGGAACGCCUGCAAAGCUCUGACUGAAGACUGCGACUCCUCAGACUCUCAGACCACACCUUACGAUCAGAUCAACAGCCUGAUCAGAGGGCAAAACCACCAGGCUGUCAUUGAAGCUUUUAUCAAAGAUAAUGUGUCACGGAACCUACCAAUCCAUUUCAGACGCUCAGUUCUCAGAGAGUAUCUCCACAAAGUCCAACAAGGUGAGUCAGGGUUGGACGAGGUCUGCCAUAAGCUGUGUGUUUGUAACGCCGUCCGAGAUGCUUUGGAGGGAGAAGUGCUCGGUGUUCGUUUCCAGCAGCUUCUACUGAGGCCGAGUAAGAGGAUGGUGGACUUCAUUUUAGAGGUGUGCACACUUUCCCUGGAAAAAGACCGUCCGUCUGAGACAUGCAGAAGAAACAUGGCCAGUUUCAUGAAGACUCUCUGUGAGAGUUUGGAGGAACUUCCCCUGCUCUUCUUGGUGUCGUCUCACAAACUCUUUAUGGAACUGCUGAAGGAGGAGGAGAGGAAGGUGCUGGUGGAGCAGAUGAGGAAGAGAUCAGCGACCAUCAACCUCAGUGCAAAACCUCUGCCUUCUUUCUACGACAUUCCAGCGUCAGCGAGUGUGAACAUCGGGCAGCUGGAGCAGCAGCUCAUCCUCUCACUGGAGCCUCGCAGGAUCAGACAGAUCCUCAUCGAGCUGCACGGCAUGGCAGAAAGACCCUUCUGGAGGGUCAACAGUAAGUGGGAAGUCCCUCCAGAUUACAUCAACGUGAUCCUCAGCAUUAAAGACAACCUGACGAAGGACCUGGUGUACAUCCUCAUGGCCAAGGGUCUCCACUGCAUUUCUAUAAAGGACUUCGCCCACGCUCGGCAGCUCUUCUCCGCCUGCCUCGAGCUCGUCACUGAGUUCUCCCCGAAGCUGCGACAGGUGAUGCUGAACGAGAUGCUGCUGCUGGAAGUCCGAGCCCAUGAGUCGAUGGCGGCUGAGGGAAGUAAGGAGAGACCGCCGCCUGACCUGGUCAGCAGGGUGAGAGGAUACCUGGAGAUGAGGAUUCAUGACCUUCCUCUGCGUCAGGUGGUUGGGGAGGAAUGUGUCGCCUUCAUGUUAAACUGGAGAGAGAAUGACUACCUGACUCUGCAGGUGCCACCUUCCCUGGUCAUGAACAACCCUUACAUCAAGCUUGGUCAGCUGCUUGCUUCAACGUGUAAAGAGCUCCCGGGUCCUAAAGAGAGUCGACGCACGGCCAAGGAGCUGUGGGACGUGGUGGUCCAGAUCUGCAGCAUGUCCAUCCAGCACAAGAGGAACAACGAUGGCAGAGUGGGCCUCAUCAAACACAGAGAGUCCUCAAUGGGAAUCCUGCACAGGAGCAAAUUCAUCACUUUUAUCAAGAAACUAAGAGAGCCACUGGUGCUGACGACCCUCAUCUCGCUGUUUGUGAGGCUCCACAGCAUCGUAAGGGAUGAUAUUGUGAAUGAAGUGACUGCAGAACAUCUCUCUAUCUGGCCGUCUACACUUCCAAAUAUUCAGGCAGUAGAUGUGGAGGCUGUGGCAGUGACGGUCAAAGAGCUGGUGUCCUACGCUCUCACCCUGAACCCAAACAACCAGUCAUGGCUCAUCACGCAGGCUGAUAUCUACUUUGUGACCAAUCAGUACUCUGCAGCUCUGAACCUUUACCUCCAGGCGGGAGCUGUGAGCUCUGACUUCUUCACUAAAGCUGUUCCCCCUGACGUCUACACCGACCAGGUCUUAAAGAGGAUGAUCAAGUGCUGCUCAAUGAUGAACUGCCACACACAGGUCGCCGUCCUCUGUCAGUUCCUCAGAGAGGUCGACUACAUGACGGCGUUUAAAGCUCUGCAGGAACAGAACAGUCACGAUGCCAUGGACUCGUUCUAUGACUACAUCUGGGACAUCACCAUCCUGGAAUACCUCACACGUAUCGUCUCUCUCAUUACUACUCUGUCUUUUGAAAAUGAUCAUCUUCUACUAUCUUUUAAUAUUGUCUCUUUUACUAUAACUACUUUAGAGAAGACUUCUGCUAAUCAUGUAGCUUUUUCUUCCUUUACAACGUUCAGAUAUUCACCACAAACGGGGCGAGACUGAGAAGAGACAGAUAGCGAUAAAAGCGAUCGGGCAGCUGGAGCUGAACACCAGUAACCCCGAGGAGGUGCUGCAGCUGGCAGCACAGAAAAGAAAGAAGAGAUUCCUGCAGGCGAUGGCCAAACUGUAUUUCUAGGAAACAUGAGCAACAGUCGGACUUCUGAGGGGGAAUGUAAAUUUUAUUUUGUGGUAGAAAAUAAAUCUCUAAAUAAAUA